UGCCCUUAAAACACACACGCUCUCACAUAACACAGAAGGUGAGAGCUGAAUGAAGUUUUCUGGGUAAUGGCAUGAAAUGUUUUCCUUAUGAGAAGUGGUGUUGAGUUACAGCGUGCAGACGGAGAACGGGGAGGAGAGAAACAGCAGCCUCAGUCUGGCCCCCACCUUUUCUUGGGCUUGUAGGAAGGUGGACAUGGGCUCCCGGAGACAAGACAAGUAAUACGUUGAACUGUUCGGUGGCUGGAAUCAACUUUUCCUGGAGUAACCUAAGGCCAGUGUUUACCAGAACUUAGCUAGGGCCAACCAAGCAGGCACAGAUGCUCUGCUAUGAAAUGCCACGCAGGCAGAGACUGACAAGCGGUAGGAGCUGAGCUUUCCCCUUGGACUGCUGCUUCCUGCUGUGUUCAGGGGAGGGGGUCACUUUCUGGCAACUCUGCUGCUGCUGCUGCUGCUGCUGCUGCUGCUACUUCAACUCCCUCUCCACUCAAGGUAAGCAGGCUAAGGGAGGGCAGGCUGCUAGGGAAAGCUUUGUACCAUGAACAGGAUCCGAAAGUUUUUCCGAGGAAGUGGGCGAGUCUUGGCAUUUAUCUUUGUAGCUUCUGUCAUCUGGCUGCUCUUUGACAUGGCAGCUCUCCGCCUCUCAUUCAAUGAGAUCAACACUCGGGUCAUCAAGGAAGACAUUGUGAGGAGGGAGCGGAUAGGAUUCAGAGUUCAGCCAGACCAAGUGAAAAUUUUUUACAGCAGCUUAAAAGAGAUGAAACCUCCCCUAAGGGGACAUGGGAAAGGGGCACGGGGCAAAGAGAACUUUAGAAAAACUGAGGAGAGUGUGCUCAAGGUUGAGGUGGACUUGGACCAAACCCAGAGGGAAAGAAAAAUGCAGAAUGCCCUGGGAAGGGGCAAGGUUGUACCGUUGUGGCAUCCUGCACAUCUGCAGACCCUCCCUGUGCCUCCUAACAAGCAGAAGACAGAAGGGAGAGGCACCAACCCUGAAGCCUCCUCUCACCAGGGGACACCAAAGCAAAUGACAGCUCAGGGGGCUCCAAAAACCUCAUUCAUAGCAGCAAAAGAAACUCCAUUAGUCAAAAUAUCAGCACACAUGGGACGUGUCAGUUUAAAACAGGAGCCCCUGAAGAGUCAUAGUCCCAGCAGUGACAUAUCAAAACUAGCAGCUGAAAGGGACUUGAAUGUGACCAUCAGUCUUAGUACUGACAGACCAAAGAAGCGAUCACAGGCAGUAGCAAAAGAGAGGGCACACCCUGCCAGCACAGCAGAGCCGAAGUCUGGGGAAGUCAUGGCCUUAAACAAAACUAAGUCUCAGAGCAAAGAAGUCAAUGCAAAUAAACACAAGGCCAAUACGAGUCUUCCUUUUCUUAAGUUCAUUGUCAAUUCAAAUCGCUUAAGGAAGCAAUUUAUUAAUGAGACACAUUUGGGAAGUCUGUCAAAGGAUGAUGGAGCUAGAGGGGCUCAUGGGAAGAAACUCAAUUUCUCUGAAAGCCAUGUUGUGAUUAUAACCAAAGAAGAAGAGCAAAAGGCAGACCCCAAGGAGGUCUCCAAUUCUAAAACCAAAACUGUAUUUCCUAAAGUAUUGGGUAAAAGCCAAGGUAAACACAUUUCCAGGAAUAGAAGUGAAAUGUCUUUCUCUUCACUUGCUCCACAUAGAGUACCACUGUCCCAAACUAACCAUGCUUUAGCUGGAGGGCUAAAGCCAGCAAAAAUCAACAUAACUGCCAAAGCCCCCUUUACAGAAUACAACCAGAGUCAUACAAAAGCCCUUUUACCUGAAGACAGUGGAAUGCACCAGGUGUUAAGAAUUGAUGUGACGCUUUCUCCAAGGGACCCCAAAGCUCCAGGGCAGUUUGGGCGUCCUGUAGUUGUCCCCCAUGGAAAGGAGAAGGAGGCAGAAAGAAGAUGGAAAGAAGGGAACUUCAAUGUCUACCUUAGCGAUCUGAUCCCAGUGGAUAGAGCCAUUGAAGACACCAGACCUGCUGGAUGUACAGAGCAGCUAGUUCACAAUAACCUCCCAACCACCAGUGUCAUCAUGUGCUUUGUGGAUGAAGUGUGGUCCACUCUCCUGAGAUCUGUUCACAGUGUCCUCAAUCGCUCUCCUCCAUACCUCAUCAAGGAGAUUCUGCUGGUAGAUGACUUCAGCACCAAAGACUACCUAAAAGAUAAUUUGGAUAAAUACAUGUCCCAGUUUCCAAAAGUUCGGAUUCUUCAUCUCAAAGAGAGACACGGCUUAAUAAGGGCCAGGCUGGCAGGAGCACAGAAUGCAACAGGUGAUGUGUUGACAUUUUUAGAUUCUCACGUGGAAUGUAACGUUGGUUGGUUGGAACCUCUUCUGGAAAGAGUGUAUUUAAGUAGAAAGAAAGUGGCCUGUCCAGUAAUCGAAGUCAUCAAUGAUAAGGAUAUGAGUUACAUGACAGUGGACAACUUUCAAAGAGGCAUCUUUGUGUGGCCCAUGAACUUUGGUUGGAGAACAAUUCCUCCAGAUGUCAUUGCAAAAAACAGAAUUAAAGAAACUGAUGCAAUAAAGUGCCCUGUCAUGGCUGGUGGAUUAUUUUCUAUUGACAAAAGUUACUUUUUUGAACUUGGAACAUACGACCCUGGCCUUGAUGUUUGGGGUGGAGAAAAUAUGGAGCUCUCAUUCAAGGUGUGGAUGUGUGGUGGUGAAAUUGAGAUCAUUCCCUGCUCCCGAGUGGGCCAUAUAUUCAGAAAUGACAAUCCGUAUUCUUUCCCCAAAGACCGGAUGAAGACAGUAGAGCGGAACUUGGUGCGGGUUGCUGAGGUCUGGUUGGAUGAGUAUAAGGAGCUGUUCUAUGGCCAUGGAGACCACCUCAUCGACCAAGGGCUAGAUGUUGGCAACCUCACCCAGCAAAGGGAGCUGCGAAAGAAACUGAAGUGCAAAAGUUUCAAAUGGUACUUGGAGAAUGUCUUUCCUGACUUAAAGGCUCCCAUUGUGAGAGCCAGUGGUGUGCUUAUUAAUGUGGCUUUGGGUAAAUGCAUUUCCAUUGAAAACACUACAGUCAUUCUGGAAGAUUGUGAUGGGAGCAAAGAGCUUCAACAAUUUAAUUACACCUGGUUAAGACUUAUCAAAUGUGGAGAAUGGUGUAUAGCCCCCACCCCUGAUAAAGGAGGCGUAAGCCUGCACCCUUGUGAUAACAGAAACAAAGAGCUAAAAUGGCUGCAUAAAUCAACAUCAGUCUUUCAUCCAGAACUGGUGAAUCACAUUGUUUUUGAAAACAAUCAGCAAUUAUUAUGCUUGGAAGGUAAUUUUUCUCAAAAGAUCCUGAAAGUAGCUGUCUGUGACCCAGUGAAGCCAUAUCAAAAGUGGAAAUUUGAAAAAUAUUAUGAAGCCUGAAAUGGAAUUCAUGUUUUUAUAUAGUAAAUGCAUUAAAUACUGUGAAAAUAACACUGAACUUGUUAACUAUAUUUCUCAGCGGUAGUUUAAAUUUUCAAUUUUAAUAGAAUUUGAAUGGAAGAUUUUUUAUAAAUCACAAUAUUUGGAAUACCAAAAGAUAACUCAGGAAAACAGUCCAACAUUGGACUGAAAUCCUUCUUCAGAACUGGGUAGCCUUUUGAAUUGCCGGCUUUCCACCCUGUGCUAGAACUCAUCCUGCAAAUUUCCCUAUGAAGCUAACAAGUAACCGGAAAUGAAGACAGAAGGACUUGAGAAAGCUUGAGGGUAUUCCCAAUGACUGUGUUUGAUAAUAAUCAGCUCUUCUGGCCCACAAGUAGGAAUGAUCAACGAGAACUUAACUUAGUCCUUUAUUUGGAGAUUUUUUCAUCAAACAAAAAUUUCUUGAGUUCUUAUGGCUAGAAGACCUCGGAUGCCCACAGCUAUCACGUUUGUGAAAUCCCUCCAGACUACAUGCAUACUUACCUAACAGUUUGAAAUGGGAUUGAUCUACUGCCUGUAACCCUGCUUGAUGGCAGCAUUUUGAUCUAAAUUACAUAAUGGUUUUUCCCAAUCUGAAUCAGUGGAAAAAAAUUUAAGUGAGGAAGAAGAGGGCUUCAAAUGCUUAUUUAAUUCUAGGUAUGAACACUGUUUCAGCUCAUUUUGUGCUUUUAAAACUACAAUUUUAAAGAUUUAUUAUACCAAUAA